AUGGACGGGUGGCAGAGCUGCUUCCGCGUGCGGACCCGUGGCGUGUGCAGGAUUUUUGCUGACGAGUUGCCGGAAGUUGAGCCAUCAGAAGAAUUGUUCGGCUCGCCGAGGAUUCGAUCACGGGCUCCUGCAAGACAAAAAGAUCAGCAUGAGGCCCAAAAAGAAAAUUAUUUCAGCAGCGAAGAUCUUAAGCAGGAAUUGAACGACCUUGACAACCUGACCAUAAAGAGGUCGGGAUUGUUCCUGAAGGACUACAACUACAAGAAUGGCCAGAUGAAAUCUCAUGGAUGGGCUGCCGAUGCAGAGUACUUGACCUACAAAGUGUCCAAGGCUCUGAUCAAUGGCUAUACUAGGAUACUAGCGAAGAAGUACCCGGAGUUGCGCAUCAACAGCGUGCACCCUGGUUAUUGCAAGACUGACACCAACUUUGACACGGGAAAACUGACUGCAGAGGAAGGUGCCAGUUUCAUUGUUACGGUGGCCCUGUUGCCGGAGGGAGGCCCAACAAGUGUGUCUUUCUACCGCGAAGAAGAAACAUCCUUUGUGUAA